GCGUUCCCAGCCCACUCCAGUCCCGGGAAAGACAGGGACUCUCUCGGCUGGGGGCUGGAGCCGUCAUGUGACGCGGUUGGGCUGCUGGGACCCCCCGCCUCCGCCUCCUCCGCACCAUGAGCGGACUGGAGGCUGGGGGGCAGCAUCCGAGCCGGCGCCAGGUAGAGCUCCGGCGGCUGCUCCAGCUCCUCUUCUGCCUGCUCCUGUAUUGGACCAAAGAAAGCACCGCGCUGGCAGACUUCUCAGGUUACCUAACCAAACUUCUGCAAAACCACACUGUGUAUGCCUGCGACGGUGAUCGUUUGAGUCUGCAGUGUCCUCGGCAUUCUACAAUAAGUGUCCAGUCUGCAUAUUACGGGCAAGCUUAUCAAUUGUGUAGCGCACAGCACCCUGAAGCCAUGAUGAGGGAGCCCCUAAACUGUGUGGCAUCUACUACCUUGCAGAAAGUAAUGGAUGAAUGCCAGGACCUGAGAGCCUGCCAACUCCUUGUCAAUAGUCGGGUUUUUGGACCUGAUCUAUGUCCAGGAAUCACUAAAUACCUCCUAGUCUCCUUUAAAUGCAAGCCUACUGAAUAUAAAACCAGAUCAGUGUGUGAAAAUGAAGAACUGAAACUCCACUGUAAGGAAUCAAAGUUCCUUAACAUCUAUUCUGCCUCAUACGGCAGGUCUGCGCAUGAGAAGGACAUCUGUUCGACAGAAAUGGGCCGCCUCCCUCAGUUUGAUUGCGUUUCAUAUUCAGCUUUAGAAAUAUUGUCGAAGAAGUGCUAUGGAAAGCAGAGGUGUAAAAUUAUUGCUAACAAUCAUAACUUUGGAAGACCGUGCCUGCCUGGUGUGAAAAAAUAUCUCAAUGUCAGCUAUGCAUGUGUUCCCAAAUUCAUAUUGGCCGCAGUUGAUCCAAUGGUUACUAAUCAAAAUCCUUCUUGGAAGCCAAAAGAAGGUAUAAAUUUUGAUCCAAGAGAAUCAAGAUUUCCAAAGAAAGAGGGAAUUAUAGUUAGCAGCAGUUUGGCUACAUUUGCUUACAUUAGAGAUCACCCUGAAAGAGCUGCUCUCUUGUUUGUGUCUAGUGUUUGUGUUGGCCUAGUGCUCACACUCUGUGCUCUGGUAGUACACGUGUCAUGCUCUAAUGACUUGGAAAACUUGCAGAGGAUAAAGAAGCGCUUGGUGCCCGAGGACAAGCAGCUGGAUGAAACCAGCGAAAGCGAGGAGGAGGAAGAGGAGGAAGAGAGAGAGGAGUCUUCCGAUUCAGACUUUCCUGAUGAACUAACAGGCUUCUGCAGGACUUCGUAUUCAGCUUAUUGUUCAAUGGACCCAGCUGAACUUGCUGAAAGGAUAGAGAGGCGAGAACAGAUCAUCCAGGAAAUAUGGAUGAACAGUGGGUUGGAUGCAUCUCCUACUAGAAGUCUCAGCCCAUUUUAUAUCAAUGAACAGCAGUGUGUUUGUUUUGGAUAACAUAAGCUAUUUU